AUGAAAGUUGUGGUUAUCGGUGGAACCGGAUUUAUCGGUAAAUACGUCGCAAAGGCAUUCAUACGAUAUCCAAAUGCCUCAAUACAACUAGUAGCACGUAAUCCAAAACUCGAUCAACUUCAAAAUUUAGGUAAUCAGAUCCUCCCACCCAUAAAGACGGACAUAACAUCACCCUUGGAAGUCUUGGAAGCGUGUAAAGGAGCCAAUGUCGUGAUUAACCUUGUGGGAAUCAUGCACGAGAAGCCGCCAAAAUAUACGUUUGAGUCUGUUCAACACCAAGGUGCACGCAAUGUUGCAGUUGCAGCACGAGAGAAUAAUGCAACGUUGGUGCAUGUGAGCGCUAUUGGCGCAGAUCCGAAUACUGACAUACCGUAUGCAAGGACUAAAGGAUUGGGAGAAAGUUCCGUUCGUCAAGAGUAUCCCAAUUCAGUGAUUAUUCGCCCAAGUUUGGUAUUCGGACCUGAGGACGAUUUUUUCAAUCGAUUUGCAAAACUCGCAAGACUUCUUCCAUUUAUGCCAGUAUUCGGUGGCGGAACUACAAAAUUCCAACCAAUCCACGUUUGUGAUCUAGCGGAUGCAAUAUUUAAGACUGCGGCGGAUCCUAAAUAUCAAGGAAAGAUUAUCGAAGCUGGUGGACCAACUGUGUAUAACUACCGAGAAAUCAUGCAACUCACGCUAGAUCAAGCAGGAAUCAAACGACCAAUAGUAUCCAUGCCAUGGAGCAUCGGACUACUUCAAGGCUUCUUUCUCGAGAAGUUGCCACUAAAUCUUUUCACCAUCACGCGUGAUCAAGUGAAAUUACUUCAAAAAGACAAUAUUGUCCAUGCAAAUUCCGAUAUUUUAACGUUAAAAGAUUUAGGUAUCAAUUCGCCUCGUGAGGCUGAAAAGAUCCUGCAUCAGUAUCUCAGAAAUCAUGAUGCCGUGACUCCAAACAAACGUACACAUCGAAUGGUUGAGAAAUCGAUCGAGGAUGAGAUUGCGGAAAUAGGACGAAUUAGGCGAAAAACACCGAAAAAGGCGAUUGAGAUUGAAGCAGAGAUGCUCAAGAAACAAAAAGAACACGAUGCUCAAGUCAAGAAAUGA